AUGGCCACCGGAAUCGCACUCGUGGGAAGCGGCAUCUUCGUCAAAGACGAGCAUCUCCCCGCUGUCCAGGCAACGCAGCUCCUCAGCUUAAAAGCAAUCUACUCGCGCUCGCUCAAGUCCGCAAAAGCCGUCUCCGAGCACCUCUCCGACAUCGACUUGUACAGCGAAGACUCGGAAGGAAAGACCUAUGACGAUCUCCUCAAGCGCGAAGAUAUCAAGGGCGUGAUCAUCGCUUUACCCAUCCUCGUACAGCUAGAAUACAUCAAAAAAGCAUUGGCAGCAGGCAAACACGUACUGGCCGAGAAACCCAUCGCAAAGGAUGUUGCAACCGCGCAAGAACUCAUGGCAUGGACUUCCGACCCAGCCAAUACCAGCGCGUCAUACUCCGUGGCCGAGAACUUCCGCUACAUGGACUCUUUCCUGUACGCGUCCUCAGCGUUAAAAGACCUCGGCCGCAUCCUGACCUUCCGGAGCCGUGUGAGUCUGUUCGUUACGCCGGGCGGCAAGUACUUCGAGACGCCGUGGCGGAAGGUGCCGGAAUACCAAGGUGGAUUCUUGCUAGAUGGUGGCGUACAUUUCAUCGCAGGGACGAGGUUGCUAUUGCAGGGUGGAGGCGAGGUGGUGAGCAAGUUGAGCGCGUUUACGGCGCAGUUGCAGAGACAUCUCCCUCCUGUCGAUACUCUGCACGCUACGCUCCAAACCACGUCAGGUGUCUCAGGUACGCUGAGCAUCUCGUUUGGCACCACGGAUAGCGGGAGCGAGUACGUUGUUGCUGCUGAAAAAGGUACGGUGACUGUAACGAGAAGCAAGGUGGAAGUGACCAGGGACGGGAACACUGAGACCAAGGAGUGCCCGGAGGAGGGCAGUGGGGUUAAGCAGGAGGUUAAGGCGUGGGCUGAGGGGUUGGCAGCGGGAAAGCCGAAUAAGAGGCAGAGCCCAAUGGAGGCGCUGGAAGACUUGAAGAUUCUGGAGGCAGCACUGAGAAGUGGUGAGAAGGGCGGUGCGCCGGUGGAUAUAUAG